AUGGAAACGACGCUCGGGCCGAAGAUGGCGGCCGAGCGGGGCGGAGGGGCGGGCUGCCCGGGUUCAGGCCCGGGCCCAAGCCGGGGGCGCCGGAGCGGGCUUCUGUGGGUCCGAGGCGUGUUGCUGCUGUUGGGCGGGCUCUGGGCAGGCACCACGUCUUUUCCUGUCUCCCUGGGCAGCGCCCGUCCCUGCCGGCACCACGUCUCCGCUGACGCCGAGGUCAUAAAUAAGGUUUAUCUUAAGGCAAAUCAUGUUGUAAAGAGAGACACUGAUGAGCAUUUAAGGAUCAAGACUGUCUAUGAUAAAAGUGUUGAAGAGUUGCUCCCUGAGAAAAGAUACCUUGUAAAGAACAAACUUUUCCCACAGGCUAUUUCUUAUUUAGAGAAGACUUUUCAGGUCCGUAGCCCUGCGGGUACUAUCUUACUGAGCAGGCAGUGUGCAACAAACCAAUAUCUCUGGAAGGAAAAUGAUCCUCACAGAUACUGUACUGGGGAGUGUGCAGAGCAUACCAAAUGCGGCCCAGUUAUAGUGCCCGAGGAACAUCUCCAGCAAUGCAGGGUCUGCCGUGGGGGUAACUGGUCGUGUGGAGCAGUAGGUGUGCCAGACCAAGAAGGCAUCAGGGAUGCAGACUUUGUUUUUUAUGUUGGUGCUCUGGCCACCGAGAGGUGCAACCAUGAAAACAUCAUCUCUUACGCAGCCUAUUGUCAGCAGGAAGCAAAAAUGGACAGGCCAAUAGCAGGAUAUGCUAACCUGUGUCCAAAUAUGAUCUCUACCCAGCCUCAGGAGUUUAUUGGGAUGCUGUCCACAGUGAAACAUGAGAUUAUUCAUGCCCUGGGCUUCUCUGCUGGGCUGUUUGCAUUCUACCAUGAUAAAGAUGGAAAACCUCUAACUUCAAGAUUUGCAGAUGGUCUCCCCCCUUUUAAUAAUAGUCUUGGAUUAUAUCAGUGGAGUGAUAAAGUAGUUCGAAAAGUGGAGAGAUCAUGGGAUGUUCGGGAUAACAAGAGAGUCCAUCACACUGUGUAUCUCCUGGUAACACCUCGUGUUGUUGAUGAAGCACGAAAGCACUUUAACUGUCCAAUUCUGGAGGGAAUGGAACUUGAAAAUCAAGGUGGUAUGGGCACUGAGCUCAACCAUUGGGAAAAGCGGUUAUUAGAGAAUGAAGCAAUGACUGGCUCUCACACCCAGAACCGAGUCCUCUCUCGAAUCACUCUGGCGUUAAUGGAGGACACUGGCUGGUAUAAAGCUAAUUACAGCAUGGCCGAGAAGUUAGACUGGGGCCGAGGCAUGGGCUGUGACUUUGCCACGAAGAGCUGUAAAUUCUGGAUUGAUCGGCAGAGACGGAAGAGGCAGAUGCCGACCCCUUACUGCGACACACUCAGAAGUAACCCACUGCAGUUAACCUGCAGACAGGACCAGAGAGCGGUCGCGGUGUGUAAUUUACAGAAGUUUCCGAAACCUUUACCGCGAGAGUACCAGUACUUUGAUGAACUCAGUGGAAUACCUGCUAAAGAUUUGCCUUAUUAUGGUGGUUCGGUAGAAAUUGCUGACUACUGCCCUUUCAGUCAAGAAUUCAGUUGGCAUUUAAGCGGAGAAUAUCAGCGUAGCUCAGAUUGUAGAAUACUGGAAAAUCAGCCAGAUCUUUUUAAAAACUAUGGUGCUGAAAAGUAUGGACCUCAUUCAGUUUGUUUAAUUCAGAAAUCAGCAUUUGUCAUGGAAAAGUGUGAAAGGAAGUUGAGUUACCCAGACUGGGGGAGUGGAUGUUAUCAGGUUUCUUGUUCUCCUCAAGGUCUAAAGGUUUGGGUCCAAAAUACUUCCUAUUUGUGUAGUCGGGCCGGGCAGGUCCUCCCUGUCAGUAUUCAGAUGAAUGGCUGGAUUCAUGGGGGAAAUCUGCUCUGCCCAUCGUGUUGGGACUUCUGUGAGCUCUGUCCUCCAGAAACAGAUCCUCCAGUUUCUAACCUGACCCGAGCUCUACCACUGGAUCUCUGUUCCCGUUCCUCCAGCCUGGUGGUCACCCUCUGGCUCCUGCUAGUCAAUCUGUUCCCUCUGCUGGCUGGAUUUCUUUUGUGUGUGUGGCACUAGGAAUGGAGAAGUGAACUCCCAAGACAUUCCUUUGUGUCGUGUUUCUCUGAAAAAAGCACAAAAUCUAGGCGGGUACCAGCCCAUGCAGAUGGCAGAAGUAGCGUUCCUGACCUUGUCUUGGAAGUGCUGACUACGUCAGACCUUGAAGCAGAGCUUCACAGCUGUCACUCCUCAUCAACAGCCCAACAGCCUCAGAGCGUGGAGAAGUAGAAGAAAUUCCAAGUCACCCAGUCUUUUUAUUUUUCAAGACACAUAAUCUUCUUGAAGUUUUCCUUUGAAAAUGGGAUAAUUAGUGGAAUUUUCAGACUGAUACAUACCUCAGCAUUUUCAUUAACCUAAAGUGAUAGAGAAGUUCAUUGUCAAUACUGAUAACCCUAAACAACAGCUAAUUAUCGCAACAUUACACGUUGUGGAUCCUGCCCUCAAAACUACCAGUCAUCCUUUGAUUUACAGAAAAUAAUUGAAUUGAGAUUUUUAGUCACUGUCAUGCCUUUUGGAGCCCUGGUGGCGCAGUUGUUAAGAGCUUGGCUGCAAACUGAGAUGUCGGCAGUUCAAAUCCACCAGCCACUCCUUGGGAACCCUGUGGGGCAGUUCUACUCUUUCCUAUAGGGUUGCUAUGAGUUGGAAUUGACUGGAAAGCAAUGGAUUUGGUUUGGUGUUUUUCGUAUGAUGCCUUGUUGUUCCAGAGUUUUUUUCAGUUGUUUUUGCUAACUGUUACGAUUUAACCAUCCAUGCCCUUUUCAAACCAGCUGUGUAGUAGUUUUACUACUAAACCAUCGGAGGUGUCUUGAUAGUCCUCUUCCAGCUGUAUCUGUAUUCACUGGUCUUCAGAGCUCAGCUUCCAACUGUAUUCUCCGUUAGUUUAAUAAUGACCUGAAAAAAUGUGGAAGCAGAGCGAAAAAAGUCUGUCCUGUAAAAACACUGAUGACAUGUAAACCGAAGAAACAUCAUUGUAUUUUUUUCAGGUAAUAGUUAUGGUAACUGUAACCCAACAGAAACAAAACUCCUCUUUUUUGACCAAUGACGAUAUAAGAGAAAUUCCAGUACAGACAGGUAUGCAUUUAUUUUCAGGCUGGCCAAGAUAUUGUUACAGAAGAAUUUCUAAUAUGAUCUGAAAUUUUUUUUUUAUGGAAAAGAGGGAGACUGUAAGUCAAAACUAGAUGGUCUGGAAUGUUUACUAAUAGCAAAGUAUAAGUUUGGUGUAGUUCCUAUCCAGCAGGAUCCACUUUACGGCGUAAAGUAUGGCUCAGUCUAUGGAAGUUGUAAAUUGCCUUUGCUUUAAAUGUCCUUCACCUCCUGUAUUCACACUCCUCAUUUUGCCUUAUAGAUUCUGCUCUCCAGAAGCAAGUUUGCUCUGGUGCCAGAGGUUACCAAUUCUACCUAGUAAUUCCAACUUCAAAGUCUUCAAUGAUGGUUGAUGCCCGAUUUUUCUGUCUAAUGUUAAUUAAGUCCUGAGGCAUUUUAAACAGAACCUUCAGACAAGCAUCCAUCCAUUUAUUCGUUCUUUCUUUCAUUGGUUGGCCCUUUAAUCAGCAUACAAUUACGGAGCACUUCACUGAAGAAAUUGUGCUAAAGGAGUAAGAGACAUAAUUCCUAAGGAGUAUUUCCAAUGGACUAUUUGGCAUGAGAGCCAAACAGCAACCCCAGCGUAAAGGGAAGUCACUUUUUUUAAUACAUAAACUUAAAAAGGCACAUUUGCAUGCAGUUUUAAGUUGGAGGUACUUGUCAUUGUGGAAAGCUGGGGGUCUCUAACAUAGCCACCUUCAGCAAAAGAGAAGUUAAUUGUAAUGGCGUGCAUACCAGUGCUUGGUUUUCUGCCCAUGGCAUGCAUGCGUUAAAUUGUGCAAGGUCAGAAAAAAGCAUAGCGUAUACUUUUAAAGAAACGUACAAUAAUAUAAACUUAAAUGCAUAUCGUGAUUAUGAAUCAUUCUUCUAAGUUAUAUAAAGAAUAUCACCAAAAAUGCUAUGGAUUAGAAAUAUAUUUGAGAUUCACAGUGAAAGAUUCGAUUAUCUUUUGACUGUUGUACAGUAAUGCCACUUAGGUAGUAUUGUUUCCAAGCAUGGUGCUUUUUCUACUUGAAAGAUAUUUUUUUGCUUUUAUUUUUUAUUGAUAUAAUUAUAUUUGCACAAAUGACUUUCUGGAGAAAAGAAUUAUAGAUGACAUUUUUUCUAUAUGUAUUUAUUAAGCUUGGAAUCUGGUAGUCCAGUGUUUUCUUUGCACAAAGAUGAAGCUUGACGAAGUUUAUCAAGAAAUCUUGAGUUCCUGACGGUGUCUAGCUGCGUUAGUGUCUUCCUUCCUUUUUAGUAAGGCUUAAAAAGUUGCACAUCGCUGAUUUUCCAUUGUGAACUCAGUGAAGACUUAGAAGGCCACCCAACCUGUAAGAAGUUUUAAAGAUGCAA